AUAAAUUAAAAAUAGUAUUUAUGAAAGCCAAAAUUUUUUUAGGAGAAUAUGCUUAUUUAUAUAGAGGAAAUAUUGAUUUAAGAGAAUUGAAUGAAUAUAUCAAGACUUUAACAAGCAAAGCAUUUUUAAUUAAAUGGAAGGAUCAUGAAAAUGAUUUAAUCACAAUAUCAAAAAAGUCAGAUUUAGAAUAUUUUUAUAAAUAAUGGGCUCAAAAUUUGACUAUUAGUAAUUAAUCAUUUCGAUUAUAUGUUUUCGAAAUGCCUCAUAUGAUAUAAAAUGCUUAAAUUGGAUAAUUUUAAUCAUCAACUCAAAUUUAUUCUAAAAUGCUGAGUCCUUCUUAGAAAUAAUCAUGUAUCAAGUUUUAAUAGGGAAUUAAUUAGUUUACAUUUGGAUUUUAAAAAUAUGAAACAACUAAAAGUUAAGAAUAUCAGAAAGAGCAACCCUCAUAACCAAUAAAUCUACAGUCUAUAUAAGAAGUUUCAGGUUCAUCCAAAAAUAUUAGUAAUUAAAAUUUAGAUAAAACACAAAACAUUAGUCAAUAAACAAAUCAAGAUAUUAAAAAAUAGAGACUUGCAAUAGAUUUUAAUGAUAUUUAGGGUUAUGAUUUAUCCACCUAAAUAAAUAUGGAUAUGAAACAAAGUAUAAAUGCAAAAGAUUAUAUUGAAAUUAAAAAGCCAAAUGAUGAUGAUUAUGAUGAUGAUAACAAUGAUAAUGAUGAUGAAUUCAAUAAUGAAAAUAAUUUUAUUGAUGCCAAUAAUCUUUAUUGUGAUUAUUGUUCUGAUAAAAUACAAAAAAUUGACCAAUUUACAGCAAUUUAUGCUUGUCUAGUUUGUGAAGAUUUUCAGGUGUGUAAAAUUUGUUUCGAUUAAUAUUUAGAAUAAGUGCAUAUGCAUAAAUUAUAAGAAUAAUUUCUUCAAUGA